AUGAACAGCAAGUAUGAUCCUGAAACCGAGAAGGAGGUGAUCGAUUGGAUGAACCAAAUCACUGGUGAGAGCGUUCCGCUAGGUCGUGAAAACGUUGCCGCAGCCUUGAAGAAUGGCCAUAUUCUCGUUAAACUUAUCAAUGCCAUCUAUGCCGGGACCUCUCCACUGCCUCCUACGGCCCAGCGAAAGAAGCACCCAUUCAAGUUCAACACGAUGACGGCUCCGUUCAAACAGAUGGAGAACAUUCAAAUCUUCCUGACGGCCGCUGAGGCUUAUGGUGUGCCGAGGGCCAGCCUCUUCCAGACUGUUGACCUCUACGAACUGCGAAACAUGACUCAGGUCUUGAACUGCCUUCUUCAGCUUGGUAGCGAGGUAAGACCUGUAGGUUCGGCGUGCAAGGUCAUUGACUGGUACUUUCAGUCAAUGUACUUGCAGGUCGUAUUAUUUCACUACAAUUCAGCAUUACCUUGA